GUUUGAAAGGGUUGCCUAAUGAGAGUUGAACAAAAGAAAAAGAAAUCAAUUCGACCCCCUGAAAUCAUCGAGAAAGUUAAAAAAUGAAGUAAAAUUGAUAAAUAAAUAAAUUCCUUUAGAUUUUGAAAAACAUCGAUAGCUGUUAUAUAACAUUAUAUCGGUAGUGUGUAUCGUAUAUGCCGGUGUCAUAUAUUAUCCGAAGAUCUUUCUGUCUUUAAAUUUCAAAUAAUAUAUCAAACAAAAUAUCUCCAGAUAUCCGACCCAAUUAUAAUAUUCAAUACACCUGCGCGAUAUCUACAGCUAUACCUCCACCGGAGAUCUUCAUGGGUACCUAUAACAUAUAAUUAUUCACAUUCUCACAUAUAUGAAUACGCAGACACGUAUAUUCAAACGAUCUUUUCUCUUCUUUUUUUAUUCUUUUCUUAUUUAUCUAUACGCGCUUUUUUCUAAAUCGACCAAAUAUAUUUAUAUAUUUAACAACGUAGAUAAAAAAAUUAGAUAAAAAAAAACGAACAACUUGUUGGAAAACGGAGGGAAUCGUGAAAGCUCACGCACGAGGCAUAUUAAUUUACGUCGUAUAAAUCGAAUAGGUUGAACAAUUAAUCGACACCUUUCAAUAUAUCGGGACAACGAAAUAUAAAUCGGUAUACCGUAAAACACUAUACUUAUAGUACGUCUAGACUGAACGUUUUUUUUUUUAUUUUCUGUUUCUUUCAUCGUAUAAUAUUUUUUUUGUCCUUCUCUUUUUUCUCCUUAUUUUUUUCGAAGGUAGUAGGUACCUCACAUGUGUUUGGUAUAUGCUAAGUAUUCCCUUAUCGCUAUUCGGAUUCUACAUACACGCUAUAUGUAUGUAUGGUUGUGAUAUUUGGGUCCCUUUUAUAUAUUUAAAUACUUUAAUAUUCAUACAAACGGUUUUCGAAGUAGAAUAGAAAAUAAAAAGAAAAGCACAAAGAAAAAAUGGUAAAAAAGAAAACCAAAGAAGAAAAAAAAAUCUAAAUCAACGAUUCGUAUGCGUAUGUUCUAUAUAAACUAUAUGUAACUCGUCGGGGAGCUACCUAGUUACCUACUGACUAACAAAACCAAAAUCCAUACCUAUAUGGGUAUCGCAUGAAAUAGGAACAUGUACAGUAUUUUACAUAGUUAGAAAAAAGAAAAAAAGAAUGACCAUUAAAAAAUCAAAUCUUUAAUUUGAUCCAGGAUUUAAUUACCAUUUGAUUAGAUUUAUUUACUAGAUGAAUUGGUAUUUAUAGUAAUUUGUAUUUUUCAUCAUACACAUCUGAUUCUUUCGUUAUUUUUUUUCGGAGGGUUGGAGGGCAAGAGGAAAAAACGAGAAUGAUCGAAGGAGGAGAGAAGAAAAGGAGAAAGAGCUGGAUGAAAAGAAGGAAAGUUAAGAUUAACUCCCCCAGGAGAUCGAAUCGUAUAUAAUUUCGCAUUUUACUGCAUGACGCCUGCAUGUCGCUUCAGUGACCCUCAUGAGGUGCAUAUUAUGUAUGGUAUAGAUGACUAGAAAUGCACCAGCAGCUACAGCAAAAAAGAUGAAGUAGAUAGAAUGUGUGGAAAUGGGGUAAAGUCUGAAAGAUUGGGAGGAAGAAGAAAAUUUAAAGGAAGGAAAAAAUGAAGCAUUGGAUCUAAAAGCUGAACAAUGAUGAUUAUGCUGAAACCGUCGAGGGAUCUAGGCGAUGAUUUUAUAAAAUGUAAGCCAACCUAGAACCCCAUUAUUCUAUGAGAAAAAUCAAGGCUGCAGCUGUCGGUCGUUUGAUGGCCUUUUUUCUGUAUAUAAGUAUGUACACACCUAUUCAAGUAUGUCCAAAUGCAACUGCAUCGCUGUGCUCUGAUUUGAAAAAGGCAACAGCAGGUGAAAAUAUAAUAGACGUCGACAUGAGGGGUUGAAAGUUUUCGAACUUACGGACGAAAACAAAAAUAAAUUCCGACAAACUUUUAUUCACAUAUACAUAUAAACUUAUGAUAUAUACGCAUGGAUUCCCGCGCAGAUAACGGAAGUAGGUGAAUAGAAUCAAACAGGACGAAAUAAUUCGCGAAUUCAGGCGCUAAAAUUCAGAUAUAUCGCGAGCCUGGUGGGCAAGGAGGGGAGGAAAGAAGAUCCCAGGACGGCUGCAGAUUUCGGCGCGAUGUACAAGACUUUCGUGUAACUACGUCACAUACGAGCACGAAUUCCUCGUAUCCCUGAUCUUGAAAUUGAUAUAAAAUGGGAACAUGCUUACAUAGGAUUUACACAAUAACGCAACGAUCUGGUGUAAAAAUCCUGGAAAAAGCGCUUCGAUUCUCCGAACAAUAUCUUCAUCGAUUCCGGUUUGGAUUUAUGAGAAAGACGGAUAGACAGGAAAUGAUCCCGAUGUAUAUACAUACAGAACCGGUAGAAGAUCCUGGAACGCGCUUACCCAUAUCGUAAAAUCGUUUUGUUUCUUUUUCUCCUUCUCAUUUUUGUUCUUAUUUUUCCGGGCUGAAAAAAUCGUACGGAUCGAUCUCACGCACCGCACCAAUACCUCUACCCACGUUCCGGAUGAUCAUCUUAUGGAUAACACGCGUGUACGCGUAAAAUUAUUAAUUCAUUUUAUUCACCGCAGAGCUUCCAGAUCGAACAAUGACGAUAAAGGUCCACGACAAAGUAACUGAAGUGGAGAAGAAAAAAAAAAAAAAAUUAAAGGCAAUAGGAAAAAGAAGAAGAAAAGGCCUACGGCCAGACAACUAUAUUUAACAUAUAACAUCCACAACCACAUGUUACAGGGGUGUUCGGACAGGAAAUUAUUUUUUCAUCCAUAUUGAUCAUUUUUAUACUGAAUAAUAUUUGACGGUUUUUUUUUUUUCAGGUUUAUCUACAAAGUCGCAUUUGAACCCCGUGAUCGUCGAGUUAUAUUCUACUCCUGAUUAAUUAAUUAAUCGAGGUUAGAUCGUUGUCUGAGAAGUUUUCUUUUUCGAUUUUGUUGCGAUAGUGGUCGUCACCUGCGAUGCACCCGUAUACUUUAGUGGGUGAAAAUAUUUCGUCUUCCCGUGUCCAGAUGAUCCAAAGAACGGAUCCGUCGCGCAGCGUGUAAGAACGGUUGAACGACCGAUUGCGACGUUUGGAGAAAUCUCUCGAUCCUUCCUGAUUACCAAGAAAAACAUGGAAGAUAAGGUAUUAAUAUUCCGAUAAACGAAAUGGCGAAUUUAUUAUUCCAGUAAACAUGAAGAGAGAGAUCAACUCUGGGUUAUUGGGGCUAGGGGAAAAAUUUGAAAACAACGCAGUAGAAUAUUAUAAUUUCCAAAGUAAAAGAUCCGAACGGUAAAUCGGUUCCCGGUUGUACUACAAAUACAACGAGAAAAUAAAUCAUCGCAUUUACAUUGCGUCAGCGGUUCAAUCCGCGUUCGGGUCUAGGAAUCAGUCCACACCGUACACGAAAUCGUGAAAAACCGAUCGUCGUUGCAACUGCAAAAAUCAUCAAUUUAUGAGAAGGUGAAAAGGACAACGACAAACAACAGACGCCAUUUUGAUGAACUCCGAAAGUUUGAACGGGGAAUCGAUGGAAAGAAGAUCGCGCAGAAUCUUCUUGAAUCGGAUCGCUAACCCGAUUCUGGAGUCUGGCGCGGGGUAAAAAGGCUCAUUUGACCACCUGCAACACAUAAUCGAUUUAGAAAUCUAUCUACGGAGUAAGAAAUUGGUGUCUGCGGCUGCGAGUGACUCGCAUUUCAAGGGGAGUUUUAUUUGUCAGAUAAAAAAGGUGGAUCAGCAUCCCGAAACAUAAAGAGGGAGCGACCGGGUCGGCUCGGGUCGGGGGUACACGGGGUUUUCUUGAAAUUCGUCUCCCGGUACACUUGGACGUCGAUCACGUCGUCGAAUCCAUAUGUAUGGGGUGAACCGUGGCGUAAAUGUGCUGCCUACAUUACGCCGCUAUAUAAGAUCGUCCGGCACGCUUCGAGCCCCAGACCGAGUCAGAUCGGCAAACGGUUAACAGACGAUAGUAGACGCGCGCCGAUAAUAUCCCGAAAGGAAAAACCGACUGCAAUUCAGAUUCAGAACAAAAAAAAAUCCAGAAGAAAUCUGAACGCUAAAAACGAUUAAAUUUAUAAAAAAAAAACCGACCACACCUCUGCUCCCAAAAGGAAAAAAAAAAAACAAGCAAACAGAAACGAAAAACUAACAACGCGCCGGUUAAAUAUAUCGUCAGAAUCCACCCCCGGCGUUGCAGCUACUAUAUCAUUAUCAGUCUGAUAAACCCGUAAAAUCCUCACUUACAUCGAGUCGAUUUACCCGAGCUACUUUUUUGUCGAAAAAUUCCACCGAUCUUUCAAAGAAAGUCAAAGGUUCAAAAAAAGAAACGAGGUAGUUCUUUUUUCUCUUUUCACGCGACUCAACCGUGCGGAUAUUUGUCCCUUAUUUUACUCCGUAUAUUUCCUUCUUGAAAAAGACGUGAACAAAAAAAAGUGCAUCGUCAUCUUUUGCUGAAAGGGUGACAUAAGUGAAACGAAAAAAGGAAGAAGAAAAAGAAAGAUCGAACGACAAGAGAGUAGAAGAGAAUAAAAAGAAGAUGUCUAUCUUAGCUUUGAGCACAACAACCUACUUACUGAUCGCCACAUCGUUGAUGGCCUUGAUAUUGGUUUUCAUCGAUUACCUGAAAUCGCGAAAAUCAGUGUCCAUUAAAAUCGUCGAUACCGAAGCGUCGACGCUUCCGGAUCCACCGGGACCAAAACCAUGGCCGAUUAUCGGAUCGCUCCACAUACUCGGACGUUACGACGUACCCUACAAAGCGUUCGCCGAGUUGGCGAGGAUCUACAACAGCCAGAUCAUCAAAUUAAAGAUGGGAUCGGUGCAAUGCGUCGUCGUCAACGGACUGGAGAACAUCAAGGAAGUCCUCAUCACCAAAGGACCCCACUUCGAUUCCAGACCGAACUUCGCCAGAUAUCAUCUGCUGUUCUGCGGGGACAAGGAAAACUCAUUGGCAUUCUGCGAUUGGUCCGAGGUCCAGAAAUCGAGACGCGAGACUCUCAGGGCGCACACAUUUCCAAGAGCAUUUACGGCCAAGUACGAUCAAUUGAAUUCGAUCAUCGGACAAGAACUGGAGGUAUUGAUCGACCAAUUGGGAUCGAAACCCGCGAGUAAAUUCGCGGCUAAGCCAUUGAUACUUGAGACAUGCGCCAAUAUAUUCACGAACUAUUUUUGCUCGAGACGUUUCGACAUCGGUAACACCGAGUUUUCCGACAUGGUCAAAAACUUUGACAAAGUAUUUUACGAGGUCAAUCAAGGUUACGCCGCGGAUUUCAUGCCCUUCCUAAUGCCUCUCCACAACCGCAAUAUGGCAAGAAUGGCAAAUUGGAGCGAAGAGAUACGUCAGUUUGUUGAAAAAAAUAUCAUAGAAGACAGAUUGGAAUCUUGGACCGAUAUUUUGCCGGAAGACGAUUACGUCAACUGUUUGAUAAACCACGUUGCGUCGAACGCGGAGCCAAACAUAUCGUGGGGCACCGCACUUUUCGCCCUGGAAGACAUAAUCGGAGGUCAUGCAGCCGUUGGUAAUUUAUUAAUGAAAGUUCUCGGCUACCUCGUGGUAAACCCACAAGUUCAAAAAAGAUCCCAAGAAGAAAUCGACGCCGCGGAGAAAUCGGAAAAUCGAAGAGUCGGUUUGGAACAACGAGGAUCCAUGCCGUACACGGAAUCCAUCGUUCUAGAAGCCAUCCGUUUAAUUUCGAGUCCGAUCGUACCCCACGUCGCCAAUCAGGACAGUUCGGUCGCCGGCUACAGAGUCGAGAAGGGUUCUCUCAUAUUCUUGAACAAUUACGAGUUGAACAUGACAAGUUCUUUGUGGACCGAUCCCACGGAAUUCAAGCCCGAAAGGUUCCUCGUUAACGGUCGAAUAAGCAAACCAGAACAUUUCCUACCUUUUGGUGGCGGUCGUAGAUCCUGCAUGGGUUACAAGAUGGUUCAAUAUUUAAGUUUUUCAACACUGGCAACGAUUCUCAAAAAUUUCACCAUACUCCCCGUUGACGGUGAAUCUUACAAGAUACCACUAGGAAAUUUAGCUCUACCGGAGAACACGUUCAGUUUCCGUUUCCAAAAGAGGUAGAAAUAUUUCUUUAUUUAUCUAUCAACAUUCAUCGCACACAUUAUUAUUAUUAUUAUUGCUGCUAUGUUGUUAUUAUUAUUGAUACUAUUAUGACUAUUAUUUUUCUUACUAUAAACAUUAGGAUUAUUACUGUUAUCAUCUUAUCAUUUUUAUUAUUACACAAUGUUGAGAACAACGGUAAAAAGACAUUCGAACUUCAUAUUGACAUUAUUAGAUUCUUAAGGUGAUUAGGUGAGUAAAUGGUUGAAAGUUUUUUCCUAGAUUUUACUUAUUCACGAGUUAGAAUAGUCGAGCGUUGUUCUCAUAAAUUCGUCAUCAUAUCUUCAUCGUCAUUAAUUAAUUCACUCUACAUAAUAUUAUUAAUCAUUAUUUAUCCCGGCUAUAUGAUCCGCGUCGCGCAUUUAUAUCAUUUUAAUACUGUAAAUAAGAAUAAGAGCUGACAAUUCGACGACUUCUCUUUUACUUUUCUUUCUCGUUUAGUUUUUAUUAUUAUUUUCGAUUUUUUUUCUUCAAAUGUAUAUUUCACUAAUCAUCAAAUAUUAUCAAUUUUCAACAUAAGUAUAUAAUAAUUGUAUAUAACUACCGAUGCAUACAUAAAUCUAUGUAUGAGGCGUUGUACAGAUUUCAAUUCGUUAUUAAUAUCACCAUCAUCAUUAUUAUUAUUAUUAUUACAAUUAUCGUUAUUAUUAAUUCAUUUCUGUAGGGAGAGUUUUUUUUUAUUCUAUUUUAUUUCAUUUUGGUUCAACGUAAUUUAUUAUCGACUCGCCAUCGUAAUAUUCUUGUUGUUUAUUUAUUAACAUUUUAUUAGCAUGGUAU